AUGGGUCCCCGACCCGGUCCAAAUGUUCCUCAGCCGGUGAGGGUGGAUUCGCCGUCGAGCUCGGGACCCGCGUCGGAUCCAGAGGUCGAGGAGAUCGACCCCAGCGCCGUUUUGACGCAGAGGAAGAGGACCCGUGUGGAGGGUGGUUCGACUGUCGGCGAGGACGCCGGCGCUGUUAAAUCCUUCGCCUUCCCCCCUUGUUUCGAAGAGGCGGGCUUUUUCGAGCGAUUCCCCCCGACAGUGGUUGCCCAUGAAGCUGAGGCCAUAAAAAAGAUGAGUAAAGAGGAAAGGAAGGCGUAUCUGGCCGCCAGCGUGGACGGGCUGGUAAAAAUGGCUGAAAUGGCUUUGGUGUUAUCUGAGGAUGGAGGGGAUGCUGCCCGUGUUGAAGAACUCGAGUAG